AUGGCCCCAGUCCCUGAGUCGCCGGGUAGUGGCUAUGUUCCAGCGUUGACGCCGAGCGUCUCCGGCACGCCUCCUGCCCCGCAAGAGAAGAUGAACGUCGGAGAAUACCUUAAGUCCCGUGUCACUACGCUCAAACCACCCAUGCAGAAAGCCGAGAACCCGUUCAAGGUGCUUGGUCUGCUCAAUCGCCUUCAGUGGAUGCAGUUCCUCAUCGCGUUCAUUGCAUGGUCCUGGGACGCGUUUGACUUCUUCACCGUGUCGAUGACCAUCGAGGAGUUGGCGGAAGAGUUCGGCAAAACCAAGACGGACAUCACGUGGGGCAUCACACUUGUGCUCAUGCUGCGAUCGGUCGGCUCAAUCACGUUCGGCAUCGCAUCGGAUCGUUGGGGACGCAAAUGGCCAUUCGUGGUCAAUAACAUUCUCUUCAUCGUGCUGGAGCUCCUGACGGGAUUCUGCACCACUUACACGCAGUUCCUGUGGGUUCGCGCGUUCUUCGGCAUUGCAAUGGGCGGCUUGUAUGGUAACGUGGCCGCGACAGCUCUUGAAGACUGCCCGCCGGCCGCCCGUGGUAUCAUUUCAGGUAUGAUGCAGCAGGGGUACGCAUUCGGUUACCUCCUGGCCGUCGUCUUUGCGCGUGCUCUUGUCAACACUACAAGUCACGGAUGGCGCCCGCUGUUCUGGUUCGGGGCUUGCCCGCCAGUUCUGAUCAUCAUUGCUCGAUUGUAUCUUCCGGAAACGAAGGUGUACCAAGAGCGCCAGGCCGUGCGCGAGGCUACGCCCGACAUCACCAAGACGUUCAUCGCGGAGGGGAAGGUCGCGUUCAAGCGCCACUGGAUGCUGCUGACCUACCUGGUCCUUCUUAUGGCUGGUUUCAACUUCAUGUCCCACGGCUCGCAAGACCUGUACCCAACGAUGCUGAAAAACCAGUUUGAGUUCUCCGCCGAUGAAGUCACUGUGACACAAGUCGUCGCCAACCUCGGUGCUAUCACCGGUGGGACCCUGGUGGGUUACUACUCCCAGAUCUUUGGCCGUCGUCUGAGUAUCAUCGUAAUGGCACUCGUCGGUGCUGCGCUGCUGUACCCGUACAGCUACACGGACAACACUAAGAUAAUGAUCGCUGCCUUUUUCGAGCAGUUCUGUGUACAGGGAGCGUGGGGUGUCGUACCCAUCCAUCUCAUGGAGCUCUCACCGCCUUCGUACAGCACACUGAUCGUCGGAACCUCAUACCAGCUGGGCAACUUGAUCUCGUCGGCUUCGUCGACCAUCGAGGCGCGCCUUGGCGAGAACUACCCGCUGCCGCCAACCGAUGAGGGCGUGAGCCGCUACGAAUACGGAAAAGUCAUCUGCAUCUUCAUGGCAGUGGUGUACGCCUACCUGGUAUUGCUUACGUUCCUCGGCCCCGAGGCUCGCGGCAAGGAGUUCGACGUUGCUCAUGACCGCGAUCUGGAAGAGGCAGCACGCAUGAACCAAGAGGAUCUUGACAAGAUUCUAAACAAUGACGCAGAGAGCGACAAGGCAACCAAGCAAGGCUAA